AUGGUAGCUCUGAGUUCUUUUCAUAUUUCUAAAUUUCUUUUAAAAUCAAUUCGAUGGUUCAACAUGUUAACUAAACUAUUGUAUGCCCACGUGGAGUGGCUGAUGUGGCGCUAGCACAAAUUGCCCUCCGAUCCACGCAAUUAUAUAACCAGUAGGCUUCGAUUCCAUUCCAUUCCAUCACUCGAUCGCUCUCCCACUCACGUCACGGCUCACGGGUCGCCGUCGUCAACAUGGCUCGGAGCUGCAGCGGCAUGAUGAGUCCGACAUCAUCGUCGUCGGUGCCGGCGACGCUGCUGCUGCUGGUGGUGGUGCUACUGCUGGCGGGCGGCUGCCACGGCUCGCCGCCGCUGAAGGCGCACUUCUACCGGCGCAGCUGCCCGGCGGCGGAGGCGGUGGUGCGCGACAUCGUGGUGGCCCGCGUCGCCGCCGACCCCGCCGCGCUCCCCGCCAAGCUGCUCCGCCUCUUCUUCCACGACUGCUUCGUCAGAGGGUGCGACGCGUCGGUGCUGAUCGACUCGACGCCGGGCACGGGCGGCGGCGGCGGCGGCGCGGCGGAGAAGGACGCGGCGCCGAACGCGUCGCUGGGCGGGUUCGACGUGAUCGACACGGCCAAGGCCGUGCUGGAGGCCGUGUGCCCCGGCACCGUCUCCUGCGCCGACAUCGUCGCGCUCGCGGCCCGCGACGCCGUCUCCUUCCAGUUCGGGCGGGAGCUGUGGGACGUGCAGCUGGGGCGGCGCGACGGCGUGGUGUCGCGGGCGUCGGAGGCGGCGGCGGGCAUCCCCUCGCCGUCGGACAACUUCACCGCCCUCGAGGCCAACUUCGCCGCCAAGGGCCUCGACGUCAAGGACCUCGUCAUCCUCUCCGGCGCGCACACGAUCGGCGUGGCCCACUGCAACACCUUCGCGGCGCGCCUGGGCGGCGGCUCCGGCUCCAACUCCGCCGCCGGCGCCGACCCGGCGCUGAACGCGGCGUACGCGGCGGAGCUCCGGGCGCGGUGCGGCCCGGCGGCGGCGUCCAACAACGCCACGGCGGUGCCCAUGGACCCCGGGAGCCCCGCCCGGUUCGACGCGCACUACUUCGUCAACCUCAAGCUCGGGCGGGGCCUCUUCGCCUCCGACGCCGCGCUGCUCGCCGACCGCCGCGCCGCGGGCAUGAUCCACCGCCUCACUAGGCAGGCCCACUUCCUCCGCGAGUUCAGGAACGCCGUCCGCAAGAUGGGGCGCGUCGGCGUGCUCACCGGCGAGCGCGGGGAGAUCCGCCGCCACUGCAGGGCCGUCAACCGCCGCUGAUGGAGAUGGACACCACCCGGCGGCCGGGGCUCUCGCUUCGCUCGUAUGUUCUUGGAAGCUGCUGGAUUUUCGCUUCGUUUUUGUUUGGUUGCAGGAGAUUAAAUAUAAUACGUGUAAUUUAUUUGGGGCGCGAUUAAGUUUUUUUUUUGUUGAAGUCGUAUAUAUAUAAUAUGUGGCGCCUAUUCUUGUGGAAGCACUUUUGGCGCCCUGGUGUGGAGUUGAAAAGGGAAAUAAAAACUAUAUUAAUUAAACCCAAUUCAUCACUUGCAUGAUGAGCACAAGUUGUACUGCGAA